AUGACGCGUACCAAGGCGCGGACUGGCUAUCACUGGCUCAUUCCCGCUUUCCCGCUCAGGCCGCCGGUCGCUUGCAAAGGGCCCGGGCACCAGCACCCGGCGCUUGCGCGGCUCCGGCCGGGCAUGGCGCGCGAGGUCGAUGUGCUUCAGGAUCUGCGCGCGUCGGUGCUCCCGCUUGCGAACACGGCACUCACCGAGACGACCGGCACCAGCGUGGCCACGAGUGUCGAGCACAACCCACACUCGGCGGCCGCGAACAUAGACUCCAUCUUCGAGCACUCGCUCGACCCGUCGCGCCGAGGUGACCAUGUCGGCCAAAAGUUUGGUGCAGGCGAGUACUGCGCCUCGCGGCUAUCGACCGCCAUCAACUACUGCCGUGAGGACGGCGUGCGGGUCAACAAGGUCGUGGUGCUCGCAGUGCUCGCCGAGGGCGCCAAGGUGCACAGCGCCGCGGAGCCGUGGGGUGAGAUCCUCGUCGUCGCGCGCCCGGAGCAUCUGGUCCCGAUUGCAGUCAUUGAGGUCCCGUUCGCGACGGCCAGCGUGGUGCUCGCGCGCUUGAGCGCUGGGGAGGGUGCCAACCGCAAGCGCAAGCUGGAGAGUGAGCAGUCCAUCUGCUCGCGCAUCCUGACGAGCCUCCGGCGCGGCGACGUGAGCGACGCCUCCGAGCUCUACAACAGUACCGAGGAGGUGCGCGAGGGCGGGCGGCCCUCCUACGCCUUUCAGGUCGCCUUGCAGCUCGAGCAGGACGGGCUCGACCGCGCGGUCGCCUCGGCGCUCUUCCCGGGCGCCCUCGACGCGAUCACGGCCCAGCGCCGCUGUAGUGGCGCCGCCGGCCCGUCCACGAGCCUCCCUUCGAGCCGCCGUCUCACAGGCCUGCCACCAGCCCCGGUCGUCCACGCUCCGCUCGUGAAGAUGCAGCCCCCGCCGGCGAGCAGCGGCCGGCAGGGGUCGGUGCCGAGGCCCACGCGGGCGCCGCACUCCGGUGCGGGCGGCCACACGCGGUGGCUGUAUCGGCAGCACUUCAGCGCCGAGCGAGCGAGCCGGCGCUGCGAGUGGGCGCGCCUCCUUUCCUCCACCGGCGCCGUUGAGCUCGCAGAGGGCGAGUGGCCGGCGGGCACGUGCGAUCCAGUGACCCUCGAGGAGCUGGUCGCUCGUGCGGACGACCCCGUCGUGCGGUUGCCGUGCCACCACUGCAGCGGCCGCGUCGUGUGCUGCUUCCAGCGAUCGACCGUCGAGCGCUGCCUCCGCCUCUCUGGGCGCUGUCCGUCGUGCCGCACGCCCUACGACGUCCCCGGCCCGCAGCCGAGCGGCCAGAUGAUCGUCCGCCGCGACGGCGCCAUGCACUGCGCAGGCCACCCUGGCGUCGGCACGCUCGUCGCCACGUUCGCAUUCGCGCCGGGCGUGCAGACGGAGCGGCCCGUGUAG